AUGGAGUACGAUAAUUCCUUAGAAAUCUAUCGGAUCAACAUUGCACUUAUUCGUCGGUUGACCAGAGUCGUUGGGGCAGAUGUCCUGAGACCAAACUACCGUCCGAACAUCCGCACCCUGAGAACGCUAACCUUUAUAAUAAUUUACCUCGGCUGCAGUUUCUACACUUUCUGGUACUAUUCAUCCGAUUACAUUCAAAUCUUGAAGACUCUGGCUCCGCUUGGCAUGGGCCUUCAGGGUUUGUACAAGUUGUACAACGCUGUGAUUCAGAGGGAAUUCUUCAUCGCCCACGAACACUAUUUGGACCAAUUUCAUCAGAAAAACAAACACCAUUCGAGGAAAAAGCUUAUUACAAAACGAAUGGUGCAAACGCAUACUUUGAAUAAGUUAUUGUUGGCGGCGUAUGCCUUCGCCAUCGCCGGGUUCGGUUUGUAUCCGUUGUACUACUACGUCGUAUACCGAGAGAAGGCCUUGGCACUUGCAGUAUUAAUACCCGGAAUCGAUUGGGAGUCCAAUGUGGGUUAUGCGAUAACCGUUGUCUUUCACUUCUCGCUUCUGGCGCUGGCCCUCACUGGAAUAACGGCUGCAGAUUCAGCGAUCUUGGUGUUCAUCGCCAACCUGACAACCCUGGUUGAGGUCUUCAAGGGCAGUUUGCAGGAGCUCAACGACCUGCUGGAAGCAUCCAAACGCGAUGUAAGGGCAAUCCGACAGAAAACCAAGGAAAUCUUUGCCGAACACUACGCGAUUAUAAGGUAUUGA